GCCGCCGACGUCUUGACGGAGGAGCUGAGAGAUACAGCUCCACCAUGUCGCUGCUUCUUUCCGUUUGCUUAUUUGAGCAGUACCCCGUUGUUCGCAUUGUUUUUAGUGCCCCAAUUUCUAUAUCUUUAAGUUAUAGAACUCCUUCAAAAUCAAUUCCACACCAAGGAGAUAAAGGAAUAUCCGCAUCUUGGAAACAUGGUGACUGGAUAGAGGAGUUCUGAAAGGUUGGAAGCAUUGGAGAGGAAGAGCAGCUUCGACGGGAAACUAUGGAGGUCCAUGAUUUUCGCCGAUAUUAAAAAAAAAUUAAUCUCAUCAUGUUGGACCUAAUUUAUUUGAGUUGGAUUGAGUGUGUAGAAUUCAAAACAUUAAGAAAAAUAAUUUAAUAAACCUAGCCGACAAUCGCCACCAGACUCUCUAAUUUGGCGGAUUGCUUUAUGGAUUCUCCUGAAUGUCAACUCUAUCGGGUCGUCCUCAGUGGAUAUGGCCAGAAAGCUUAUGCGCGCUAUUCAGUACGAUCGCUAUGGCGGUGGUCCAGCUAGUUUGAAGCAUGUUGAGGUUCCAGUUCCCAUUCCAAAGAAAAAUGAGGUUUUGCUGAAAGUGGAAGCAGCUGGGGUGAACCCUAUUGACUGGAAGAUUCAAAAGGGCUUGCUACGGCCUAUAUUCCCUGGAAAGCUUCCCUUCAUACCUGGUACUGACAUAGCAGGAGAGAUAGUAGAGGUUGGAUCGCAAGUCAAAGAUUUCAAAGUUGGUGACAAAGUUGUCACUAAACUUUCGCACGAUCAUGGAGGUGGAUUAGCCAGCUUUGCUGUGUCUACUGAAAGCUUAACGGCUAAAAGACCAUCUGAGGUCUCAGCUGCUGAAGGUUCAGCUUUACCUUUGCCUGGCCUCACGGCUCAUCAGGUCCUCACUGAGAUUGCUGGAGUCAAGCUUGAUGGAACUGGUGAACAGAAGAACAUUUUAGUAACUGCAGCCUCAGGUGGUGUUGGUCACCUUGCAGUUCAACUAGCGAAGCUAGGAAACACACAUGUAACAGCCACCUGUGGCGCCCGUAACAUAGACUUCGUCAAGAGCUUAGGUGCUGAUGAGAUUCUUGACUAUAGGACUCCAGAAGGGGCUUCUUUAAAGAGUCCAUCCGGUCGAAAAUAUGAUGCCGUGAUCCAUUGUACAACUGGAAUUCCAUGGUCAACUUUUGAGCCUCAAUUGGCUGAACACGGGAAGGUAAUAGAUUUAACGCCUGGCAUAAGCGCAUUGAUGACUUGUGCUCUCAGGAAACUUACAUUCUCUAAGAAGCAGCUGGUGCCAUUCUUCUUUGUAAAGGACAAGAAAGAAAACCUGAAUUAUCUGGUUCAGUUGGUUAAAGAUGAAAGGCUUAAGAUUGUUAUUGACUCUCGCUUUCCUUUGAGCAAAGCUGAAGAUGCUUGGGCUAAGAGUGUUGAUGGCCAUGCCACUGGAAAAAUCAUUGUGGAGCCAUAGAAUAAGAUUGCUCGAACUGUUGGAUGCUGUGUUUCUGUAGAAGGUUAGUAUAUGACCUUCCAUCUUUUAUAUUUGUAUAUUAAGAAAAAGUAAAUAAAUAAAAAUUUGUGUUUUAGGGCCUUGAAAUAAAGAAUUGGCAUAAGAUGCAGAAUUUGAUUGUUUGAUACUGUAUUUCCUUUUGAACUUUUGCUGGCCUGUAAAUUAUUGAGAUGGCUUUAUUUGUGAACA